GUAUUCGGUUCGUCUACAGCUGCCUACAGGUCACAACACACACUUUGCUCUCUCACCAAUUGCGAUACGUACAGUCCAUCUAUCAAUUGACGAAGGCUUACAAGUCCGUCGUCCUUGUCAAUUACCUCUCCGCCCUUCUGCUCCACUGGGCGCACAUGCAACACAGCCAAACCCUCCUCUAUUGCGCGCGACCGCUGUGAGACGUGCCGGACCUCACAUGAACGGCCCCAUUGCUAUCACCACCCUGAGCAUGCGAUAGCAGCACACAAUCCCGCAUUGCAGACGACAUGGGUGUCUCUCGCUAUGCUGUUCCUGCUGCCCUCUGGCUCGCCGCGCGACAGACUUCAGACUCCGACGAAGAUGAGAAUCCCGAGGCGGGCCAGAAGGAGAUCUACGCAUCAUGGUCUCUCCUGAUUCUGAUCGUUCUGCUUAUCCUGGCUCUCUUCACCAGUUACCUUCUGCAGAGCAAAAAGAUCCAGGCGUUUCAUGAAACGGUUGUGUCGAUUUUCGCAGGAAUGUUUGUCGGUCUUAUCCUGAAGUUGACCAGCGUCCGGACAGUCUUGGAUGCAGUGACAUUCGAUUAUCAGUUCUUCUUCAAUCUCCUCCUACCGCCUAUCAUCCUAGCGAGUGGUUAUGAAUUGCAUCAGGCCAACUUCUUCCGCAACAUUGGCACCAUUCUCACCUUCGCCUUCGUUGGCACCUUCAUUUCCGCCCUCAUUCUCGGUGUCAUUCUGUACCUGUGGACGCGUCUGGCAAUCGAUGGUUUAUACAUCUCAUUCGUCGAGGCCAUGUCCGUCGGCGCAACUUUGUCGGCCACCGACCCAGUCACCAUUCUUGCCAUCUUCAACACCUACAAGGUCGAUCCGAAGCUUUACACCAUCAUCUUCGGCGAGAGCAUUCUCAAUGACGCGAUCGCAAUUGUGCUGUUCGAGACGGCGCAGAAAUAUAAAGCUGGAGAGGCGGCUGGAAAAUUGACAGUUUUGAGCUUGUUUGAGAGUAUCGGCAUUUUCUUGCUGGUUUUCUUUGGUAGCUUGAUGAUUGGUAUCAUCUUCGGCCUGGCUACCAGCCUGCUGUUGAAGUUUACACACGUCCGCCGUUACCCCAAGAUUGAGAGUUGCUUGAUCAUUCUGAUUGCGUACGCAUCAUACUUCUUCGCCAAUGCCAUUCACAUGAGCGGCAUUGUUUCCUUGCUCUUCUGUGGUAUCUGUCUCAAGCACUACGCGUAUCACAACAUGUCGCGAAGAUCGCAAUUGACAACAAAAUUCACCUUCGCGCUGAUGGCACAACUCACGGAGAAUUUUAUCUUCAUCUACCUGGGACUAUCACUCUUCACCGAAAGUGGACUCGAGUACAAGCCACUAUUCAUUCUUGUCACGUUGAUCGGAAUUUGUGCUGCACGCUGGUGCGCCGUCUUCCCUCUCAGCGCCUUGAUCAACUGGGUUAUACGCUAUCGCGCACGCCGCCGUGGCAUUGAUAGCCAAGCCGAAGAAAUUCCUAGAAACUGGCAAAUGAUGCUUUUCUGGGCCGGUCUUCGAGGAGCAGUCGGAGUUGCCCUGGCCGCAGGCCUGACUGGUCCCAACGGACUAGCACUCCGAGCCACCGUGCUGAUUACUGUCUUGUUGACUGUCAUCAUCUUCGGUGGUACUACGGCGCCCAUGCUUGAAAUCCUCAACAUCCGCACAGGCGUGGUCGAAGACAUCGACAGCGACGACGAAUUCGACAUCGAGCCAAUCCCGCAAAGUGCCAACGGCCGUAAGAACGGCUCCAUCUACGGCCACAACGCCAAGAACAGCAGCAACGGAAUCGACCUCAACAAUGUCCGCAACAAACGUCGUGGCCACACCGCAAGCUACAGCUCCGGAAACCAAAGUCCCCACGGCGCGCCAACCCACCACGGAGACGGCGAGCGCGGCACUUCCCGCCCUCGUCGCGGCGGAAGCAACACAGGCGAAGCCCAGAGCAUCGCCGAGGAGGGCCUACUCUCCUCCCACAGCAACAACGAAGACUACUUUGGCGACGAGUACGACCAAGACGACCUGGACCUCCCACCGGCCGCGCGGCGGAACUCACAACGCGCGCUCGGCUCGGACGGCAGCGGCAGCAACAACGGCAGCGCCGGCGCGGCCGCGUCACAGGGUAGCAGCACGACGCUCACUGCGCGCGGCGCCAUCUCGCAGAUCCUCAACGCCACGAGCGAGGACGCGGGAAAUCUGUUCACACAGCUGGAUGAGAAUUUCCUCAAGCCACAUCUCCUGCUGGACCCGUCGAGCGGGCGAGGCGGGGGAAGCGGCGGUGUAUAGAGAUAGGCUGCGGGAUAGAUUAGGAGAUUCAGGCGUUUUCAUGUUACUGAAAUGGGAGUCGAUUAUGCUUUUUCUUAUCCAGGUAUUUCGUUCUUUGGAGAUCUGACUGAGCUCAUCUCGUUCGAGAGGAGAGACUCCUCCCAUGGGAUCAUCUUGGGACCAGGGACAUUGGACAUGUAGAACAACGUAUUGAUUAUUACGCAUGGAUCUGACGAUCACGGCCUAUCCAGAAUUCCAUCAAUCCUUGAAAUGAGAUAUCCGCCU